UCUGGGCACCAGAAGUCUCUUUCAAGCAUCAAACAGUGAAGGGCUCCUGGGUGAGCAGUGGGUCUCUGUCCCCCUCUCCAGGGGCUCUUGGAUGGGACCUUGGUCUGGAAGGAGCCAUGGACCUCUGGCUUUGGUCACUUUACUUCCUGCCAGUAGCUGGAGCCCUGAGGGUCGUUCCAGAAGUAAAGGUGGAGGGAAUGCUGGGAGGAUCCGUUGUUAUCGAGUGCCCGCUUCCUGAAAUGCAUGUGAGGAUAUAUCUGUGCCGGACAAUUGUUGAGUCUGGAGGAUGCGCCACCGUGGUGUCCAACAGGAACUUCGUCAAGAAGGAAUUCAAGAAUCGAGUCACACUGGAGCUGUGUCCAGACAGGAAUCUGUUCCUGGUGGAGAUGACAGAGCUGGUCGAGAGUGACAGCGGGGUCUAUGCCUGUGGGGCAGGCAUGGACACAGACCGGGGCAAGACCCAGCAGGUCACCCUGUCUGUUCACAGUGAUUACGGGCCUUUCUGGGAAGAAGAGCCAAUGCCUGAGCCUCCAGCAUGGUUUAACAGAUUUCUCCAAAUGCGUAUGCCUCUUUGGUUCCAGAUGCCUGAACAUGCCAGUUCUUUGGAAUUCAUAUCCAAAGUAACCACACCAGCUCAAAGGACUGAGGCCCCUCCAGCACACCAUGCCUCCCCCACCACCUCAAUCACCCACCGCCCUCGAGUUUACAGGGCAUCUUCAGUAGCAACUGCCCAGCCCACCACCCUCCUGCCAUCUGCCACAGCCUCAAAAACCUCAGCACAGGAGGAACUGCUCAGGCUCCAGACGGCCAGCUACAACCACCAAACCAGGCUUCACAGGCAGAGUUCACUCAACCAGGGCCCAGGCCCCGUGUCUGGGAUGGAAGACCAAGGCUUCUACAUCCUGACCCCCACCAUCCUGGGUCUCAUCCUGCUGGCACUUCUGGGGCUGGUGGCGAAGAGGGUCAUUCAAAGGAGGAAAGCUCUCUCCAGACGGGUCCGCCGACUGGCCGUGAGGAUGCGCGCCCUGGAGGCCUCACAGCGGCCUCUGUCACAGCGGCCACGUGUGUCACAGCGGCCACGCGUGUCGCAGCGGCCACGCACCCAAAACAACGUCUACAGCGCCUGCCCUCGGCGCCCUCGGGGGGUGGACGCUGCUGGUGAAGGGGCGGCACCUCUCCCAUGCCCCGGAGCAUUGGCGCCCCCAGCCCCGCCGCAGGUGUCGGAAACUCCCUGGCUCCAUGCCCCAUCUGUGAAGAUCAGCUGUGAAUAUGUGAGCUUCUACCACCAGCCUGCUGCCAAGAUGGAGGACACGCAUUCCGAUGACUACGUCAAUAUUCCCUGCCUGACUCAGCUCUCCAGCUGUCCCCCUGGGCCCAGACCUUGGUGCCAAUGAGUCUUGUCUCUAUGCUGGUUUCCAACACCCGCUCCAUCCGUUUUCAGAACCCUCAUUACUCCCACGUCCCACCUCGAGUCUCAUCCCUGUCUGUUUGCCCUGAGCAGUGCUCAGUCUCCCCUCCCCCAGCUCUUCCUUUUGCAGCCCACUGUGGUUUUCAGGUGGGCUCCGGGAAUGCAGAGCAUUUGUCCUGAUGCCACGUGCUUCCUUUCCAAGCCAUGCAACAGGCUGUGGGAUUUGCAGAGUGUCUUUGAUCACACGGUCUUUGCUGCCCUGGAUCUAGACCACAUGGCCUUGGACUGGAGCCUAGGCAUAGCUGUUGCUUUGAAAGCCCUUCUCGGUCUUGGGUUUCCCACCAGUAGAAGGUGCCUGAACUUCUUUGUGAGGACGUGCUUCAGCCCUGAGCUAGUAAGGGACCUUGUUAUGAAACAGCCCUUACAACCUCUUUGCCCAGAUCUUAGGGCCGGCAUUUACCAGUGAUCUUCUGUUUGUCUGGAGUCCUAUGAGGGCAAUUUCUUUUGAUGUGAUGAAGGGUUGUAAAUUUUCAGAGCCAUGCUUGUUAGUGCUAGUGAUAUAUGUGGAUGCCCUCUUUACUCUAAGUCUUCCUCCCUUGAUGCACCUAAGUACCCUGACUCCAGCAUUCGCCCUCUUUCAGAAAUAGAAUAGUUUUUGUCAUCUA